AUGGUCGCAAAACGCCUUCAAAGGAAAGAGCAUGCGACUAAGGAGGACAUGCUCCCUUUCUGCAGGAGCACGGUGAUGGCAGUUUCGUUUCGCGACAGUUUCAUGGCGGCCUUGAGGAAGCGCGGAGAUCCAUUGCAUUGGAAGCUGAAUUUCGUGCCCUGUUACUUGUACGAGUACGAACAUGCCGGCAGCACUUGCUAUUUCGUUGGGGAGCAGAAGUUGGACGGUGAUUUCAUCAAGUUCAACAACAACGCCGGCUGGAAGAAUGAAGACCCAAAGUACAGCGGCAUCAGCGAGUUCAUGCAGGCUUUCAGUCAUUUCACGUUCAUCCAGAGUGGAUCUCUUUACAUGGUCGUGGACUUGCAGGGGACCGUUGACAGCGGCACCCUCCUUCUGACAGAUCCACAGGUUAUCUCCCAAAAGAAGGCUGGGGAGAAGAGCCCGUUUGGACAUGGCGACUUGGGGCCAGUUGGGUUCAAGUACUUCAUGAGCAACCAUUCGUGUGGCCCUACUUGUAGGCUGUUGCAGCUGCAGCAGGGCUUCGACAGCCUGCUCCUGUCCCUCGACCCCGGGAGCUUGCGUCGAGCCGAGCGCCGGAGCGGGCCUGGCGGAGUGAUCCGGCCCCUCCAGAGUGCCUCGGCCACGGUGCACCGUCAGCGGGGGGGCACUUGCUACGCAAAUGCCGUGGCGACGAUUGUGCGGGCAGCGGAGAGCCGCAUUAUCGGCCGCCGAGUAUGUCCGCACAGCAGCAUGGUAGACGAAAUCGUCAAAGUACAUGGCUCCAGCGGCGGGGAUCCCGAGCGGGUCCUUCGGCUUCUCUGCCCUGGCAAAUGCUUGCGGUUUCGCAAGCUUGACGUCGAGGGCAUGUUGGAGUGCAUCAAGAACGAUCGCCCUGUGCUGUGGAGUUUCUGGCUCUGUGAUGCCGAAUGGGACGAAUUCUCUGCCUUUUUCAGACGAUCGCCUCGCGGAGUCUUGUCAAGGCUGUUCAAGAGCGAGCUGCGGGUAGGUUCCAGUCGAAUCGGGCACGCUUGCGUUAUUGAAAGCUGUCAGGGGCGCGAUUUGCAGUGUAAGAACUCUUGGGGUAGCAAUUUUGCAGCCGACGGCAGGUUUCACGUGGAUGUUGCUUUGGUUUCGUCUCCGAUGCUCGCAUCAACUUUCAUUGACGUUUACUACCUAGAGGCAGACUUGCGGGACGAAGAUCGCGCAGCCUAUGAGCGAGCGCAGCGCUGGCUUCUCAAUGGGUUGCGCUGA